ACCCUGAGCCUGCAGUGGGAGCAGCUGGAGCUCCGGCACGGGUUAAUGGGAGGAGGUGGCCGGGGGUAACAGACCGUCUGCUGGGUGCCCAGGGCCAGUCACCUUUCUUCCUCCCCCUCGCAGGCCGAGUACCAUGAACCUGUGCGUCUGCCUGGGCCUGUGGCUGGGUGCUGCCCUGGGUAGCGGGCUGGGCCUAGCGAGAGGCCUGAGGCUGUCUGUGCUGUCCGAGGACCGGCUACAGAUGACGUGGAGGGAGGUGGAGGACAGUGGCCUUGGCUACCUGGUGCAGGUGAAGCCCAUGGCAGGGGACUCGGAGCUGGCGGUGAUGCUGACCACCAAGGCGCCCAAAGCGACAGUGGGCGGCCUGAGCCCCUCCACGAGGUACCUGCUGUGCGUCUUCACGCUCGCCCACUCGGGGAGGGCACUGCUGGCCAGGAGGGAGUUCAUGAUGGAGGACUUGAAGAGCCACUCUGUGGGCAGGAGCAGCUGGAGGCCAGGGGAGGCCCUGGAGCCCACUCCCCACCCAGUGGAGAACCCAGACCCCGGGCCAAGCCUCCAUCCUCCCAUCCCUGGAGUGCCCCGGCGGGAGCAGCCCACACAGGUGGUGGGGACUGCAUGGCCUGCUCCAGGCCCAGGGACACAGCGCCACAGCCCCGGCUCCAGGGCAGAGAGGGAGCAGUCUGGGGCACCCUUCCGCUGCACGCCCCCCGUGCCCACCGACAUGGUCUUGCUGGUGGAUGGGUCCUGGAGCAUCGGCCACAGCAACUUCCAGCUCGUCAAAGACUUCUUGGCCAGCAUCGUGUCCCCCUUCGAUAUCAGCCCCCAAAAGGUCCAAGUAGGCCUGACUCAGUACAGCGGGGACCCCCAGACUGAGUGGGACCUCAACUCCUUCAGCACCCAGGAGGAGGUGCUGCACGCCAUAGCCCACCUGCACUACAGGGGGGGCAAUACCUUCACAGGCCUGGCGCUGACCCAUGUUCUGGAGCAGAACCUACAGCCCUCGGCCGGGCUCCGCGUGGACGCAGCGAAAGUUGUGGUCCUGGUGACCGAUGGCAAGUCCCAAGAUGAUGCCCGCGCAGCCGCCCACGUCCUCAGGGAUCUGGGUGCAGAUGUCUUUGCAGUGGGUGUGAAGAACGCCGAUGAAGCUGAGCUGAGACUCCUGGCCUCACAGCCACUGGACAUCACGGUCCACAAUGUGCUGGACUUCCCCCAGCUCCGAACGCUGGCUGGCCUGCUGGGCCGCCUCAUCUGCCAGCGUGUCCAGGGCAGGGGCCUGCCGCCGGAGGGGCCAGUCACACCUGCUCUCUCUGCUCCGGACCUGGACCCGCUGCCUGCCCCCGCUGGCCUGACCCUGACCCAGGUGACUUCUGCCAGUGUCCGCCUGUCUUGGACUCCAGCCCCACGCCCACCCCUCAAGUAUCUGAUCGUGUGGCGUCCUUCCAAGGGCGGUGCUCCCAGAGAGGUGGUGGUGGAGGCCCCUACCUCAUCCGUGGAGCUCCGGAACCUGUCCUCCAGCACCAACUACUUGGUCUCUGUGCUCCCCGUGUACGCCGGAGGGGUUGGCGAGGGUCUCCGGGGCCUUGCAACCACAUUGCCUCUGCUCCCCCCACACGCACUGGCCCUGGCCACAGUGACACCCCACACCAUCCACCUCACCUGGCAGCCUGUGCCUGGGGUCACCCAGUACCUGGUGAGGUGUUUGCCCACCCCACCCAGGGGCGAGGAGGAGGGGAGAGAGGUGAGGGUAGAGCGGCCUGAGGCACUACUGGACGGCCUGGAGCCUGGUCGGGACUACGCCAUCUCCGUGCAGAGCCUGCAAGGGCCAGAGGCCAGCGAGGCCCAAGGCAUACAGGCCAGCACCUCAGCGCUGGCCCUCCCCCGACAUCUGGACUUUGAGAAUGUGACCCACGACUCGGCUCGUGUGCUCUGGGGAGACCUCCACAGGCCAGCCCGCCUCUGCCGGGUCACCUACCGCUCCAGGGAGGGUGGCUCCCCCGGGCAGGUGGAGGCUCCGGGGAACGCGUCCUCCAUCAUGCUGGGCCCACUCUCGUCUUCCACCACCUACACCGUCCGCGUCACCUGUGUCCACCCGGGGGGCGGCUUUUCCACGCUGAGCGGCCGCGUGACCACUCGGAGAGUCCCCAGCCCGAGCCAACUGGUGGUGACAGAGCUGCCCGGGGACAAGGUUCAGCUGGAAUGGGCAGCAGCGUCUGGCGUGCUGGUUCAUCAGAUCAAGUGGACGCCCCUGGGUGAUGGGCAGGCCCACGAGGUCUCGGUGCCUGGGACCCGCUGCUCAGCUGUCCUGCCUGGUCUGGGGAGGGUCGUGGAGUAUGACAUUACCAUCCUGGCCUACUACCGCGAUGGCGCCCGCAGUGACCCAGUGUCCUUGCGCUACACCCCCCUGCGCCGGAGCCCCCCGACCAACCUGGCCCUGGCCUCAGAGACGCCCAGCAGCUUGCAAGUCAGCUGGACGCCCCCCCAUGGCCACGUCCUCCACUACCGGCUCACCUACACACCAGCCUCUGGCUCAGGACCUGAGAAGUCGCUCUCUGUCCCAGGACUCAGGAGCCAAGUGACACUCUCAGACCUCCUGGCAGCCACCAAGUACAGAGUCCUGCUGUGGGCCGUCUACACGGCAGGAGAGAGCAUGGCUGCAUUGGCCACCGGCAGCACAGCGACCUGCCCAGCACUGCACCCGGAUGGCUCCCUCUCAGGCUUCGACCUCAUGGCGGCCUUCGGCCUGGUGGACAGGGAGUACGCUGCCCUCCGAGGGGUGGCCAUGGAGCCUUCUGCCAUCGGGGGCACCCAGACGUUCACCCUCUUCAAGGGCGCCCAGCUGACACGCCGCGCCAGCGACAUCCACCGCACCGCCCUCCCCCGGGAGCACACCGUGGUCUUCCUCCUGCGCCUGCUGCCUGAGACCCCACGGGAGCCCUUCUCCCCCUGGCAGAUGACCACCGAGGACCUCCAGCCCGCCGUCGGGGUCCUGCUGGACGCUGGCCGGAAGUCCCUCACCUACUUCAACCAUGACCCCAGGGCUGUCCUGCAGGGGGUCACCUUUGACCUGCCAGAUGUGAAGAAGAUAUUCUUUGGGAGUUUCCACAAGGUGCACGUGGCUGUGGGCCGCUCCAAGGUCCGGCUCUAUGUCGACUGCCGGAAAGUCGCUGAGAGGCCACUAGGGGAGGUGGCCAGCCCGCCCACCACUGGCUUCGUCAUGCUGGGGAGGCUGGCCAAGGCCAGGGGAGCCCGGAGCAGCUCAGCCGCGUUCCAGCUCCAGAAGCUGCAGAUUGUCUGCAACGACUCCUGGGCCGAAGGGGACCGAUGCUGCGACCUGCCAGCCCUGAGGGGUACCGAGAGCUGCCCUACCCCCACGUCGGCCUGUAUCUGCUCUUCGGACACCCCUGGGCCUCCAGGACCCCAAGGACCUCCCGGACUCCCCGGGAGGGAUGGCACUCCAGGAGAGCAGGGCUUCCCAGGGCCCCAGGGUGAUCCCGGACUACCUGGACAGAUAGGGCCUGAAGGUCCUGGAAGCCAGCAGGAGUCUCCUGGGACCCAGAGCCGCACAGUCCAGGGCCCUGUGGGUCCACCUGGGGUCAAAGGGGAGAAAGGGGACCAUGGACUGACAGGCUCACAGGGCCCUUCUGGUCCCCAGGGUCACCCUGGGAGAGCUGGCCUCCAAGGACCAAAGGGAAUGAGAGGACUGGAGGGCACUGCUGGGCUGCCUGGGCCCCCCGGCCCCAGGGGGUUCCAGGGCAUGGCAGGUGCCCGGGGGACUGUUGGGGAGCGAGGACCCCCAGGAUCUGUGGGACCCACGGGGCUGCCAGGGCCGAAAGGGGAGCGAGGGGAGAAGGGCGAGCCACAGUCCCUCAUGGCCAUCUAUCAGCUGGUGAGCCAGGCCUGUGAGGCGGCGAUUCAGACUCACGUGCACCAGCUGGACACCGUCCUCCGCAGGGAGCCCAGGCCCCCCAGGCCCAUCUUCGAGGGGGUGACCCGACCGGGCCAGCCUGGAGGAGGAGUCCAGCACCACACCCCCGAGGACAGAGGACUGCCCCCGUGCCACCCUGCCUAGCUGCACUGCCAUGGGCAGCAAGUGGCCACAUCAGGGGUCCAGAGCCCCUCCCCCGUGUGCACUCUGAACACAUAAACUUCCUAUGCCAUGGU